AAAAGCCGCCGCUCACGUUAAGAGAGCAAGUAUGUGUAAGAUACAUAGAGAAAGAGAGACGAUCACCACCUUUACUGUCACGGUCCGCCUCCGUUUCGCGGCUGCUGUUUGCGUCGGGUACGUUGGUAAUGAGAAAGGGAUUGAAUUAAUCGGAAGAGGAAGAAGAGCAUGUAUUAACUUGAUAGCAAGCCGCCGACUGAGAGAGAGAGAGAGAGAGAGAGCAUGUCUUCGGGGUUAAAGAGGAAGGGAGAUCUACAUCCUUUAGUCGCGUCCAUUGCAAACGCGAAAGCGUCGAGCUUGUCGGAAGAAGAAGAAUGGCCGCGAGAGAGUGACCCUUGGGGGCGGAUGAGAGAAGCGAUUGAGAUCCACCGGAGGAGUAAAAGAGAAGCACGGCCGGGGUAGAAAUGCUAACGGCCGGAGGGGAGAGAUAAAGAAGGAGGUUCCGGCAGUGAGCAGAUCGGAAUGUUAGAAGCAAAGGCGGAGCAGACCAGAGCCGUUGAGAAGCAGUUGGGGUUUGGAGAGAGUUUCCGGCGUAGUAUAAGCAAGUGAGACCGGAUUUGUGGUGUCUCUCCUACGGCAGACCUCUGUCUGCAAAACAGGACGCACUCUAUGAUGACGUGGCAUUAUAUGAUGUUUGAGAUCCCGCCUAAAAAAACCCUUCAUAAAAAAAAUCCUUUUCCUCUGCUCUUUCGCAAGGGUGUAUAAAUCACAAUCUCUCUUCUCACUCUGCUUCUGUCUCUCCAUUUUCAAAACCCUAGGAUCUUCGUCUAAGCGACACAAAUCGAUCAUGGAAGCGGAAGGAGGAGAAGCUAAUUUUCCUGCACAAUCGAUCAUGGAAAUGGAUGGAGAAGCAAGAAGUGGUUCAAACGCUGAAACCAGGAGCUCAGAGCUCUUAAAGAUACCCAGUGCUUUUUUCAUAUUCAUGGAGGACUACAUCAAGAAUAAUCACGCCGAGAACCAAAAAAUGAACGAUGCUCUAAAAGCUGCUAAAGAUGGAUGGGAUUCUUUGUCACUAUAUACAAGGCUCCGUUACUUUAGCAAUUCUGUGAUGUACCAUGUAAACACCCGCCAAGAUCUGGUCGAAUGGCCACAGGAACCUGCGGAGGAAACUGAUGAAGAAUAUGAUGCCGAUUCAGAAAAGUCGGCUCUAACUCCGCUGCUGAUUUUUCUUGCAAACCAAUUCCCUCAUUCUUCUGAUUCCAACUACGUUGCCGUGAUUGACGCAAUACUUGUAAAGUGGCAAUCCUUACCUGAGAUGGAGAAGAAGCCCUAUCUUCUUGUGGCAUCUAAGAGAUUGGCCGAGUAUGAAAAGAACUUUAUCGCAGAAAUGGAGAAACAGCUAAUUGCGCAUGAGGACUGUCCACUGCUUCAGGAAUUUGAGUCACCAGUGGCUACUGGUUUGACGACAUAUCUCUUUGACUCCCUCCAAGAGUGUCACAUUCAAGACAAGAAGAUAACACCAGAUGAUGUUCUUUCAUUUGUUGGGAGGUGGGAGACAUCUUUGUCUUCUCCCGAGAAGUCCCCUUUCUUCACCAAGGCGAAGGAGAAGAUGAAACAGUUCGAGAAUGGCUGUCUAAGCUAUUUGAAAAACGUCCCUCUAACUCCUCCAAAGUCUAUGGUAAAAAGAUUAAGCACAAUUGGAGUCUUUGAUUGAUUUGUGUUAUUCUUGUUUUGGUCAAUGUUUAGUAAGGGCAUCCUUAUUGCUAGUAUCUUAGGGUAUCUUACCCCCUAAGAUAUUAGCAAUAAGGAUGGUCUAAUAUGUACAUGAGUCUUCAACGGCUGAACCAAAAACCAUCGUCGAGUAUUGUGCCUUUUGGCAAAUGUACUUUUUAUCACUCACGCAAAAUUAGCUGCUUUCAUUGAGAAAAUUUGAUGUGGCCGGUUAUAUUGAUAGAA